AUGUCGCAUGAAUUGACCAAGAAAGCACAAACUACGCCAGUGCGAAAUUAUCCCCCUUCCUGCCGUGACUCCUGUCGAGACUCUUCUCGGGAAUGCUGGGUUCCAUGGCAAGCCCUUGGGCAGUUUCCCUCCACAGCCCGGACCAUUCCACCUGAGCAGUUAUGCUCGGGCACUUGGAACCAGGAUGCAGGCAGUCUGGAUCACAACUGUCCUGACACUUUAGCAUGCAUCAAAAUCAUCACAUCAAAGAUCAAAAAUGUUGAUUUCUGGGCUCCACUUCCACCAUCUGCACCUGUAGCAACUAUUUCAAGGAAUCCUGAUGCAGAAACUCAGCCAGCCCACGAGUCUCUGAAACCUCAACGAGUACAUUUUCAGUCCCAAAAUUUUCACAACAUUUUGCACUGGCAGCCUGGGCGGGCUUGUGCCGGCAACAGCAGUAUCUAUUUUGUGCAGUAUAAAACGUAUGGACAGAGACAAUGGAAAAAUAAAGAGGACUGCUGGGGUAUUCGAGAGUUCUUCUGUGACCUUACCAAUGAAACGUCAGACAUAUGGGAACCUUACUACGGGAGAGUGAGGACGACCCUGGCUGGGGUCCACUCAGGCUGGACCAUGACACAGCGGUUCUCUCCCUGGUGGGAAACAAAAAUAGAUCCUCCAUUCAUGAAUAUAACCCAAGUUAAUGGAUCUUUGUUGGUGAAUCUCCAUGCUCCCAACUUACCAUACAGGGACCAAAAAAGAAAAAACGUAUCAAUGGAAUACUAUGGGCUAGUAUACCGAGUCUUUGUAAUUAACAAUUCACUGGAAAAGGAGCAAAAGGUAUAUGAAGGAGCUCACAGAGUUGUUGAAAUUGAAGCUCUAACACCUCACACUGGUUACUGUAUAGUGGCUGAAAUGUAUCAGCCCACAUUAGACAGAAGAAGUCAGAGAAGCCAAGAGAGAUGUGUGGAAAGUCCUUGA